GGAGCAGCAGCAGCAGCAGCGGGACUCUUGUGGAGAGGAGCAAUUAUUCACUACAGAGCUUUCAAAGAUAAAAACUGACGAUGCGAGUGUGUGAUGACUGAUGUGAGGAGCUGCUCGACUCUGGUUGAAAAGAAGAUUACAAGAUUCUUUGCAGCGAGACAUGAUGUGAUUCUAGUUUGCUGCCCAGGAACUCUGUGAGAUGUCCUGAUGACCUCUGACCCUCGCACCAUGGACCUCCGUCUGCACGCCAACCCUCAGCACCAAUACAGGGUCAACGGGGGCGCAGGUCGAAGCUCCAGGCCGGGAGAAGAUGAAGCGCUGCAGUUUCUGAGCCAGGAGGAGCAGGAGUGCAUUCAGUUCUUCGAGAAGACCAUCGACUCAUUGGAGGACAGUCUGGAGGAGAACGACCGGAGGCCCAGGCAGAUGAGGCCCCCAGUGAGCAGCACCCCACCUGUUGAAAAAGUCGAUGGACCCCCGACCUCGAGUCCGAUCAUGUCCUCUCCGCUUGCCAGACCUCCCAGUCCCAAAGACCAGGAUAUUAUAUACCUGGUCCGCCCAGAACCGGACUUGGUGCAGACCAAAGAGCCGAUCUUCAGUCCCACCAGUCCAGAUUUUCAGAGUAUGGUGCAGAAUCCUGAAAGCCACUUCGACAUGAAGCCAAGGCGUGAUCCAGUGGACAACUUGCCUUCAGAGUACAAUGCUCCCCUACCAAACUUUGGGCCAACAGACAGCCACUCCCCCUACCACCCUCCAGGCUGUAUCCCCACCCCCGUCCUGAUUGCACAGCAGAUAGCAGAGAACCAUGCAGGUGGAACGUCUACCCUCCAUUCCUCCGCAUUGCUCCGCCGUUGCAGCCUGGACUCCGACAAGCCACUGAGCUUCAACGACCCUCACGCUAAACAGGGUCCUCCUAUGUCUGCUAAGCCUACCCGCUUUCCUGCUAACAUCAGCGUGAUCCUCGGCGGCAAGGAGCACCAGAACCAGUCACUACCUAAUGUGAACAUCGAGGAGAGACGGGCACAGAUGCUGGCAAACCUUACAGGAACAUCACACCCUCUGGUGCAGGAAAAUUUCCAGCCAGCUGUGGUGGACAAGCCUCGAAAUAUUCCCACUCGCAGCAUUUCCUUCAAGGACCCAUCACCAGACAAAUCCAGGAUGGAGGCCCUGUCUAAGCUGGGCCUGACCAGAAACCGAGCCAUGUCUGGGGGUAUGUCACUCCUCACUGUCCCUGACAGCACCUUGCCGGAUCCUCCCACAGAUCCAGAAACCAGUGCCAAACCUCUGGAGGCCAGUGUUCCCCCACCAACAGAAACCAGCACCAAAUUGCCAGAAGUUAAUGUCCCGACACCACGUCAGAGUCAGAUUCACGUUGACAGAAAACCAGAGAUUCUGCAGACAGAUUCCUUCAGGAAGUAUGAAGAUAGAAACCAGCACCUGAGUCCCUCGCCUCCAGCAGUCACACAAAGCAGCUUCUAUCCACCUCCUUUGGAAACCAAGCGAUCUUUCUCUCCUCCGCCUGAGAUCACCUCGCUGGAAUCUAACAGCUAUGGAGGGAAAUCUAUCGUGAUCAACCCUUCGGUUUCCUCCAGGAACGAACCUCCAACCUCUCCAACAAGCCCUGAACCCAAAACCCUCCCACCUGUGCUGGCUAACCCCAGCGAGUUCAACCCCUAUGGAGGAAAAUCUAAGGUCAUGACCCCUGCUCCUGUACCCAUUGCCAGGAGCCACCUUCCCGACAUCCUCAGCUCCCAUAUUGACAAGAGUCAAACCUUGCCCGCCAAAUCAGAGCCGCCACCCCCUGAGCUUAACAGUUAUGGAGGAAAGAGCCGAACAUUUAACCCUUCCGCUGGGUUAAAUCGCUCCUCAGACAGCCCUGCUAGGAGUUUCAAAGCUCCAGCUCCGACCCCGGCCCCAAAACCUCCUCGGCACUCCUACCACGGCGCUACCCAGAAACCAGCACUGCGAGCCUUAUCCCCCGAACUCAAGCGGAGACCCGCCUCCAUGUUUCGUCCACAAGGCAUCACCGUGCAGUUUUCUGGACGGGGCGCGACGGACGAAUCACGUAGGGAUGCGCUAAGGAAACUGGGGCUCCUGAAAGAGUCUUGAUGAACUCUGGAAUGAAUUCUUCAGUCUCCACCCGUCGAGCCUGAAUCUCUGGUGUGUACCUGCUGGUCGAGGUGGAAUGUCAGAAGUUUCCCUAUGUGUGUCUGAGAGAAAGGUGUGGUUAGAGAGACAUUUAACAUAGGAAUGGAGCCAGAAUCUACGAUGGACCUGCAUAGCCAGUUCUCACUUCCUGGCCAUAAAUAUACUGACAGACGAGUGUGACACGGUGCAGCUGCUGCACACUCAACACUGUGUCAGUGACAGAAGUCUUGACAAAUCAACUGUUUCAUGUUGCCUCUGAUGUGAGACAUCGUAUACCUCUGCACAAGAUACUCUGGAACAAACUGUAAAGAGAAGCAUCCGGGAAUCAAAUAACUUUUGGUUUCACCUUUGUUUGCAACAAAUGAGGCUGAUUGUGAAAAGCCAUAUUUAUAAAACUGGGCUCCGUUUCCUUAAAACAUAUUUAAGACAAAGGUUAGAGAUGUUUUAUAUUUUUGUUAUUGUUAGCAAAUCCAAAAAAUACUCAGCCCCGACCCCACUGGUUCCUACUGAAGACUAGUCUUUAAAAACUCCUUAAACAUCAACAAAUUCUCAAACAACAGUUGGUAUGAUAUCCUAUGAAUCUGUGUCCCAGCAAGGUCGUUACAUCCUUAACGUAUACGUAGGUAAUAAAAAUAAAGUUACAGUGUUCAGGAUUAGGAAAAGAAACAUGGUCUGGACGUACCUUAAUGAUGUUCUGAACACCGGUCUCCUGGGGACAGUCCUGUGUCUUGUUUACCCAUCCACCACCUCAACCCGCUUCCUUAACAGACCACUCGGGAACCGUUCCUCCCGUCAGCACAUUGGUCACGUCAUCACAGUGGUCCUAAAUAUGUAGGUUUUGCACGAAUGCCGGCUCAUCUUUAAGUUGAAUAUGAACAAAUCUGGUGCAUUAGCUUUCGUAUGAAAACGUAUGACAGCCUGCACAGACAGCUCAGUAACUUCAGCUUAUAGAUACGGACGAAAUGGAGCAGAAUCACUGCAGAUCGUGGAGGCAGUGUGGCGUAGUUCAAGCGAGAGGCGACCGUAGGAGACGGCUAAGACAUUUACAAAAAGGCAGAACGGAAAGAAUCAGUAAUAUAGUAAAAACAAUUCUCCGUCCACACACUGUGGUGUAGUUAAUGGUGUAAAACACCAACGCCAUUUACAACACUGCAUCCGUUAAAAGUUAUAUAAUUAGGUCGCCGUGUCACUUUAUUUAUUGUUGUGUGAAACUUUUUUCAAUGCCAUCUGUUGGCUGUAUCUAUGUCAACAUAAACGAUGCAUGGGGAUGUUUACAUUUGAAACAGACGGAUCCAUUUUCAUACAUUGAGUGAGUGGCCCUAAGAUGUUCUUCAGAGAGGCGGCCCAGAUUUAAGAUUUUAUAGAUUUUUACUAAAAUUUUAUAUUUAGUUUUUCUGUCAAAGCGCCAAAGUGUCCCUGCGCCUCGACUCUCCAGGGCCCAACAGCCCCGUGUGGCAGCUAGUUUGUGGUAAAUCCAUAAGAUGCAUAUUUGUUUGGUUAUAAACUCGGCUCCUUAAUUUUUGGCAAAUUUUGGGGCUUUUAUUACCGUCACUAUUAUUAUUACCAUAAUUUCAAUUUUUAAAUAAAUUUGUGCUUAAAUUGCCACAAAUUAAAAUGACACACCAUGAACUCGGGGUUAGUUGUCCAAAAUAGUUAUUAAAGGAAAUUAAAUAUGCAAUGCAGUAUGCGUCCAUGUGAAGCCAGGGGGUCAGUGGGGGCCAGCAUCUCAGUUUUUCCCCUCGGCCCCUAAACAUAUUUAUCCAGCCCUGCUAAAAAAAAAACAGUGUGUUUUUAGCUGUAAGAAGGUACUUACAACCUGCAACUUACAAUUUACAGCUUAUGAGCAGCUAAUUAUGCACAAGAGUAAUUUAAAUAUUUAAAAUCACAGCUGUUUGAGCCCUAAAUUGUUUAAAUCUUUAAAAAAAAUGUUUGCAAACACUUUGUAAAGACCUCCUAAUGUUUGUCUCUGUAUCAGUGUAAGUUAUAUUAUUUGUUAUAAGGUGUCACUUCCUUCUAUCAGCAGAGUGGAUUAAUGUUCAUACACAGGCUGUGAAGUUACUCGGGAGCAUUUUUUUUUUUGUUUCACUGGUUUGUUUACCGACUUUGGGCAUUUUUUUUUGUCAGCGGUGUGUGUGUGUGUUUUCUGUCAGCACUUUGGGUCAAGAACAAAGUUGAAGGCACUUCUCUCAAGUGCAAUUUUGUUCCUUCUGAAAUGACUUUAGUUUGUUGUAAAGAGCAGGUUCCUGUUAGAGAGGGACUCGUCUCCAUGCAGCGUCGUGCUGCAGUAACAAAGCUGCAGAUGUUACAGUGAAAAAGAGAAAUGUAGAAAAAUGUAAAUGUGAGCUGAGCUGCAGGAUAUUUUUACUCUAACCUCCCACACCAAACCACAGACUGUGGAAUGGCUCUGUGGGCAGGACUUUUACUUUUUUACUACGCAGAGGGAACACUUCCAGACGGCCCUUUAGGGAUGGGCGAGCACAUGGCAUUGUACAAAACACAAGCACUAAAACCACAGAGUCCAGAAAUACAUCCUGGAUUACUGUGUGUUUUUGUUCCUGUCGAGCUGUUGGCGAUAACUUCCUGUGUGUUAUUCAACUGUUGUAUCAGCGUUAGCGUGUGUGUAAAUGUGUGUGUGUGUGUGUGUGUGUGUGUGUGUGUGUGUGUAUGUGUGAGUUUUAUCCAGACUCCGGUUCCGCUGUAGUUCAGCUACAGUAACUUUUGAAGUAUAUUUAGUGUCACACAGUUCCUCUCCUGCGUGAGGAUUCAUGUGUGACGUGUUUACAGACUCCGGUUCCUCUGUAGUUCAGCUACAGUCAUUUUGAAGUAUCUGAUGGUGCAUAUGUACAGUAUAUAUAACUACAUUCUGUCCUUCGUUCUGAGGGAACCUUUGUGCACAGAACAGGGAUUUAAGACGUGCAUGCCUGUGUGGUGAAUGGGAAGAUCAGAGGGGGAGUUGCUGCUACGGUUCGACAGCCUGUUUAACGUUCUGACUCUUUAAAUGUCCUCAUUAGAAGCUGUACAUACUCUGCUGACAUAUACCUGAUGUUGAGUUUCUGUCGUCAAUCAUUAAACAGAAUAAUAACAAUAA